AUGUUUAUUUCUAUAGGAAAUUCGUUGCAACAAGGCGAGCGGCCUUUUGCGUACCUACCAGUUUUGACUAUAGGCUCAUUUUUCGGAGUUCGUGGUAUAGUUAUGUACGUUAAGCGUCACGACAUCAUUCGAUUUCUGAACGUCUUGGAUAGGGAAUUUCCACAUGAUUUGCCCACACAAAGGGUACUCCAAGUGCGCCAGGUGUAUGAGGGCGCACUGCGACGACAUAAAUACGUGGAAAUUCUUAUCCACAUUUCAAUUUAUGGAUUCUGCUUGAUGCCCCUCACUGUGUACAUGUUCACCAGGGAUACCAAUGGUCCCAUAACUGUGGAGCAACAGCUUCUCGGUGGCUGGCUACCAUUUGGUCUCAGCGAGAGUCAUAAGGCAUAUCCAUUGGCGUGGCUUUACGAUGUCGUGGUCUCGAUCAGUGGAGUUGCCUUCUUUUCCACCUUCGAUACUUUAUUUUACACAAUGCAUGGACAGAUCAUAAUGCAUCUAGAUUCCUUGUCCAUGCAGUUGAAAUCCCUUAACUGGACGUCUGAAGACAACACUCAGUUAUUUGAACAGCUCUGUCCAUUGAUUCGUCGUCAUCAGUAUCUCAAUUUACUCUGCGAUCAGUUCAACGACAUUUUUAAUGCUGGUAUCAUGAUAACUGAUCUUAUGGCGGCAACCACUAUAUGUUUCCAUCUGUAUCUGUUAACGGAAACAGACGAUCAGUUUCUGAUGAUAAGGUACUUAAUUCCCAUUGUGAGCCUAAUUUUAUUUACCUUUGAGAUUUGUCACCGAGGAGCACAGCUGGAGGAAGCCUAUUUACAGUUGAAUGCCACACUUUACAAUCAAGAUUGGUAUAAAUGCGACCAGAAGAUUCGCAAAUUGAUUCUGAUCUGGCUAAAGUACACUCAGUGCAUCAAGAAGCUUAAUGCCUAUGGUUUAAUGGAGCUCAAUAUGGUUCACUUUACCGAUGUAAUGAAGUUGACCUAUAGACUCUUUACUUUUCUCAAGACCACUUAA